AAUCAAUUUCUGGAAAUAAUAGUAAUGUUUAAGGGGUUUCUGAAAAAGAGUCAUGAUUCUUUUAUAAGCUAGUUCAGCUUAUGAUACCAAAACAAGACAGAAGGUGGCAGUAAAAAAGCUUUCAAGACCUUUUCAAUCACUUAUUCAUGCAAGAAGGACCUAUCGAGAGCUCAGACUACUUAAGCACAUGAAGCAUGAAAACGUUAUCGGAUUGCUAGAUGUUUUUACACCUGCAACAUCCAUAGAAAAUUUUAAUGAAGUGUAUCUUGUGACAAAUUUAAUGGGUGCUGACCUGAACAACAUUGUGAAGUGCCAGAAGUUGACAGAUGACCAUAUACAGUUUCUCAUAUAUCAGUUGCUUCGAGGUCUUAAGUAUAUUCACUCGGCUGGAAUCAUCCACCGGGACCUGAAGCCAAGUAACCUAGCUGUAAAUGAAGACUGUGAAUUGAGGAUUUUAGACUUUGGUUUAGCUCGACAAACUGAUGAUGAAAUGACUGGCUAUGUUGCAACGAGGUGGUACAGAGCUCCAGAAAUUAUGUUAAACUGGAUGCACUACAAUCAAACAGUUGACAUCUGGUCUGUUGGAUGCAUUAUGGCAGAGCUAUUAAAAGGGAAGGCCCUAUUUCCAGGAAAUGAUUAUAUUGAUCAGCUAAAGAGAAUAAUGGAAGUUGUGGGUACUCCCAGUUCUGAACUUCUAAAGAAGAUAUCAUCAGAACAUGCGAGAAAAUACAUAGAAUCUCUUCCACAUAUGCCUCAACAGGAUUUGAAAGCAGUGUUUCGUGGUGCCAAUCCAUUAGCUGUAGAUCUUCUUGAGAAGAUGCUUAUAUUAGACAGCGAUAAAAGAAUUACUGCCUCAGAAGCACUUGCACAUCCAUACUUUGUACAGUAUCACGAUCCAGAUGAUGAGCCUGAGGCCGAGCUAUAUGACGAGUCAAUAGAGAAUAAAGAGCGAACCAUAGAGGAAUGGAAAGAACUUACAUACGAAGAAGUGAUGAGCUUUAAACCACCUGACUUAAAAAUGGAUAGCCUGGAAAUAGAACAGUAAAUACAGGCAGCUGUGUUUUGCCUUGCUGCACUAUGAAGACUGUUAAAAUAUAACCAUACAAUUUAACCUGUGUUCAAGAGUAGAUUUGACUAUCCAAAGAUGUUGGAGAAGAUGUGGAAAAGCAGAUACAUUAUACAGAAGCCAGAUGUUGUCUGUUUUUUUGCCUUGUAAUAUGAAUGUAUUCCCCAACGCAUAAAAGGAUAAAGAACUGCUUCAUUCUGACAAAAUGAUGCACUGAGUUCUGUGUUAGGUUUCUGCAUGUUUCAUUUUAUCAGUUGUAUUGCCAAAAUGAAGGUGACUUUAUAAAUUAAUUUUAAAAUCGUGCAUUUAAAGCAUGAACGUAUACAAACAUAAACACAGAAGUCCAUAAAAGCAAUCUGGUUUUUUUUCUGGCAUUAACCUAAUUUUCUGUGUGUGUUUGUUUUCAUUUUAUUUAUAGGUAGUGCCUUUAUGGAGAGAAGGUGUGGUAGUGAGAUAGACAGAAUAUGCAUAUAUAGUCAUAUCUGUGAUGCUCUUAUGAAUAUACUGGAUGUCUCUCAAAUGAUCUAUCACCAGUUGGAAGUCAGUAAAAAUAAAUCAUGGUCUUCUAUUGCCAUUAAAGUGUCUUUUCUCAUCAUUUUCCCUAUAUAUAUAUAUAUUUUUUUUUUUUAAUCCACACAAUGUUUAUGAGAACGUUUUAGUUUGUGAUGCUGCUCCUAACCAUGCCAUUGGUGGAGUGUUGGUAAAUCUGCACACGUUCACAGGAAGCUGCCCUGAAGGUGUUCCAACAAAUCUCUGUAGCUUCUGCAAACUUCAGCAGAAGCUGUCGCAGACUCUGGUGUAAGAGUACUGGGUUCAGAUCACAGCUUUGAACUCAGUAUUCCUCAUUAUCUUAUUUUCCUCUAUUUAGUCCUUGGGAAACUAAUCUAAUAGUUGCCAUUGGAAGACAAGACAAAACAAGAAGGUUUUAAGAAUAGUUUGGGAAUUUAUGAAAACCAAAUGCCAUCUCACUACAGUGUCCUCCUACGCAAAAUUUUGAAGGCUUUCCAGCUCUGAAGAGGUAGAAAAUCAACAUAUAAAUGAUAAAUUGCAGGAUACAUCAGAUGGUACAAAGAUGUCUUAAAGAAUUACAUUUAUAAUCUCACUUUCCCCUGAAGGCAUAAUACUGAUAAAGGAAUAUCCUUUGGCAUGAGGUUUCUUGAGGUUUAAUGGCUGUGUCCUUCUCAUAUCCUUGUGAUCCCUGAUUGCACAAACUAGUUGAUGUUACUUGUUCAUGUCUUGUUCUCACUCUGUCAAAGUCUCAUUUUGGAAGUGGCUUUUUAUAUUAUUUAGGUUUUCUGUAACUUUUGUUAUGAGAUUGAGUUGUACAGCUAUUACCUGAGCUAAUGAAUUCUACUGCAUUAUUUACCUUCCCCUGAUCUUUUUCUAUGUAAAUCUUUUUCUUAAUAAACAGAU